GUUCGGCGUCUCAGUAGAGGAAGAGCUGCAGGUUGUGUUGAGUGAUGUGGUAUCCGCCUUUCUCUCACAUUCCAGAACAUACUCCCUGAACUCCCGCUUUAACGCUCCUCAACAAGCAUCUUUUAUAAUGACUACAUUAUAAACCCGACGUCACAGCGGUUCAUGGUUUCCUCCCUGUCAGUGUAAGUUUGGUCUGGAGAUUUCCCUUGAAUGGGUUGAACGCAAGACACUUUCUACUUUGAUUUGUGCACACAAACAACAUUAUUAAAGGUGCUGCACAGACCCCGUUUGUAUUAAAACAUUGUGCCUGUACAGUAAACGAAGACAGCAGCACCUAAAAUGCCACUUGGAUUGGGGCGCAGAAAGAAGGCGUCUCCACUGGUGGAGAACGAGGAGGCCGAGCCCAUCCGGGCUGGACUGAACGUCCCAGGGUUGGAUGGCCUGGAUGGUGGCAGGGUCAGCCUGGGAGAAGGAGCUGCCCGUGAGGGCUUACCACCUCCGCCCACCAGCUUGCGACCCCGCCUGAUCUUCCACACCCAGCUGGCUCACGGCAGCCCCACAGGUCGUAUCGAGGGCUUCAGCAAUGUGCGUGAGCUCUAUGCUAAGAUAGGAGAGGCAUUUGGGAUUCCUCCAACAGAGGUGAUGUUUUGCACACUGAAUACUCACAAAGUGGAUAUGGACAAACUUUUGGGUGGCCAGAUCGGACUGGAGGAUUUUAUAUUUGCUCACGUGAAGGGCCAGAAGAAAGAAGUGGAGGUCUUUAAAGGAGAGGAUGCACUGGGGCUCACCAUCACUGAUAAUGGAGCUGGCUAUGCUUUCAUUAAGAGAAUAAGAGAAGGCAGUAUUAUUCAUCAGAUCCAGGUCAUCAACGUUGGCGACAUGAUUGAGUCGAUCAACGGGCAGAUACUGAUUGGCUGCCGCCAUUAUGAGGUUGCCAAGAUGCUGAAGGAACUGCCCAAAGGGAAAACCUUUGUCCUGAAGCUGGUGGAACCUUUAAAGGCAUUUGACAUGAUCAGUCAGCGGUCGGGAAGCAGGUCGGGCUCUGCACAGUUAGGAACGGGCAGAGGGACUCUGCGCCUGAGGUCUAAAGGACCGGCCACCGUAGAAGAACUGCCGUCAGCAUUUGAAGAAAAAGCUAUUGAGAAAGUUGAUGAUCUGUUGGAGAGCUACAUGGGCAUUAGAGACAGUGAACUUGCUGCCACGAUGGUGGAGCUCGGCAAGGACAAAAAGAACCCAGAUGAGUUUGCCGAAGCGUUGGACGAGACUCUGGGUGAUUUUGCGUUUCCGGAUGAGUUUGUGUUUGAUGUGUGGGGUGCCAUAGGUGAUGCAAAGGUUGGUCGUGUGUAGUUCUAGAAAUGGCUAAAACUGGUAAUUCUAGAAAACACUGCUUUAGGAACACUAUUGAGUUUUAUUUUCAUUGAUUUUGGGAGCAUACAUUGGAAUGCUUUUAAGAACGCUGGAAACACUUGUAUGUAGGCCUCUAACUCCACUUUUUUUUUUUUAAAGAUGCAAAUGUUAUCAAGACACUACAUCAAAUGCAUUUUAAAAUUGUAUUCAGAUUUGACUAGGUUGAGCCUAAUCACUUAUAUGAAAUGUCUUAUGUAGUAGGAUAUUAAGCAAAAGAUGCUGAGACUCAUUGAAUUUGCAAGGUAUUUACUCCAGGGCCCAUGUUUGGCACCCCUGUGAGAUUACUCUGUUACAUACUGUGACUUUCACUUGCACUGUGUUGCCCGACGCUGUAUAAAUUGCACAGAACACACAGUGCAGAGAUCGUGGCAAUGCUGGUUUGCACUGUAGUGACCUCUGCGGUGUGGAUCUCACCCGUCCCAU